GUCCUCUAUUGUCACCGUUGCCCAUUGAUGAUGUCGUCGGGGUGAAAAGUGAAUAAACGCAGAUGAGAGACACCUGAAGGGAGAGUGAGCGAAUCUGUGACUGUUCUAUCAACUACGACAAAACCACAAUGUCAGAUCAGGUCAAGGGACGUUCUGGAGGUGUUCUACCAGUGAACGCAGCAGCUAGAAAGAAUGCAACUGCGCAAUCGGGGUCAAAAGGAUCUGCAAGACUACCUGCGCCGAGGUUGAGACUGAUCAUCAGACGACUACCACCAGGCUUGACGGAGACCGAAUUCUGGACAGCUCUGGGCGAUGAGUGGAAAGUUGGAUCUGGAAAGGUCGACUGGGCAGCGUUCAAAGAUGGAAAGAUCUCCAAAGACCCAGCAAAACCUUCACGACCAGCAAGAGCGUACAUCAAAGUCAAGGAACAGUCACUGCUCGAUUCAUUGUCCGCCGCAGUGAAACAAACAUCAUUCCAGGACGCCAAAAAUACCACCAAAGACUCCUGUCUUCUCGGACCACCAUCCCUGGAAUUUGCCCCCUACAACAAAAUCCCCAGCGGACGCAACAGAAAUGACGCACGACAAGGCACAAUCGACCAAGACCAGGAAUUUAUCGAUUUUCUUCAAAGCCUGACAGAACCAAUCACUAAAACUACCGCAAAUGGGGCAGACUCGGCCGAAGUCAAGCAGGAAAAGGCCUCCAUCACACCUCUAGUCCAGUACAUUAAGGACAAGAAGGCCAACAAAGCCAAAGAAAAAGAAGGCAACCAGGCAAAAGCUGCAAAGGCUCGUGAGAAACAGGAGACGAAGCCUGCAACACCAGACACUCCUCGCUCGACCGUUGUUAUUAAGGGUAAGCAUGCGCCAGCCGAGGAGAAGCAGCGUGUCCAGAAAGCCACCGAAGAUGCCGUCAAGGCGAUCAACAAAUCUGUCGCUGCGAUGCAGGGAAAGCAUCAACAGCAGGCUCAGACUUCGGCUAAAGGUGAACCUAAAAAGGCUGCAAAAGAGCCUUCUUCCCCCUCUCCAGCAACAGCAAAUCCCGUCAAGCGCGAGCGCCAACGAGGAAACGUCUCCGCCGCUGCGCGUAUGCUUCAACGUGAUCUAGGCCUGCUAUCGAAGGAGAAUAAGUCUCAGCGCACAGCGAAAGCCAGUACGUCGACUACAACCACAGAGCCCAGCACCUCAUCAACGUCAAAAUCAGUUCCAGCUCCCUCUACUCUGAAAAACCAGCCUGUGCCAGAGCCAAAACCCGCAUCACCCACACCGAACGCCACACCCACCGGCCCACGCGCAUCUCGCACUCCAAGCGCCGCAUCGACAAAGACACCAUCAACACAAUCCCAACGACAAACAAAAUCCGCCGUUCAGCCCUCCGCAGGCGCGAAGUCCGCGUUCCUCAAACAUGCGAACCCUUCGCAGGGCAUCACUGAGGAACUGCUCCAGUCGGCGUUCGAGGAUUUCGGCACGAUUACUAGAUGUGAAAUCGACAAGAAAAAGGGAUUGGGGUAUAUUGACUUCGAUGACACAGAGGGCUUGAGGAAGGCGAUGGCGGCGAGUCCCGUGAAAGUAGCAAACGGCCAGGUCGUCGUACUGGAGAAUAAGAGUCCUUACGCGAAGCGUGGCGGGAGUGCGCAGGGUGAGAAGCAAGGGAGUGCUAGUGCUGGGACCGGCGCUGCGAAAGGUGCAGCGAAUGUGAAGGCGAAUGCGGGCUCCUCCGGCGGGCAGGCACAAGUGCAAGGUCCAGAUGCGACGAGUAAGGCGUCAACGCCAACGCCAACGCCGGGACAAGCACGAAGUGGUGGGAGUGCGUCAAAGGCAGUUGAGCCGACGAAAGAACUUGCUUCUGGGACGACCGUGGCCAAGGACGAGAACCCCAUACCGACAACACCAACGAUACCGGCUGCGGCGACUGGGCCGGCUGCGGCGACACCCCCUACAGCACCUCGAGGAACACCUCGUGGCGGAGCAGGUGGAAAUCGAGGUGGGCGAGCAGGCAGUGGAGGUGGGGGUGGAGGUGGAGCAAGAGGGAAUGCACGAGGCGCAGGACAAGGCGGGAGACAAGGACAAAGCCAUCGAGGUGGACGGGGUGCAAAGCGUGGCGGUGGCGGUGGAGGUGGUGCGGCUGCGGCUGCGGAAGGUGGUCAAGGGCCAGCGCCUACGACAGGGACUGCGCCGGCGGCAGCACCAGCGGCCACAAAGGAAUAGGGUAGCAACAGGGAUGAAGUGGCGUAACUAAGUGAGACUACAAGCAACGGUUGAGUGUAUGCAGACCAGACGAGACGAGAUUUCACUGCCUGCAAAUGCAGUAGUUUGACAUCCAUGGAUUAUUCCG